CCAAACAAUCCGAGCAAAAUGUUGCCGAGAAACAUUGAAAUUCACAAAACUUCAACAACUUAUUUUAGUCACUGACAGUUGCCGUUCGAUUUCAGUGGCACUCGGACGACAUUCGUUCAUCAGAAGUUAAGUUUCGGCAUUGCGCGAGCAAAUAAAGUGCAGGCUUAUCAAUUUUAAGCGGAAUAAUUGGAGUGUUGGCAAAAUUUAAACGGAAGCCAUCAUAAAGUGUUGUGUGGUUUUUGAGAAUUUUGGAUUUAAAUAAAGCAGCUCAUCUUAAAUGCCUACCUAGAUAACCGGAUUGGAAUAUUAACCCAUAAACAUGCCGCUUAAAAUCGCAUUGUUAAUUGUAUUAUUCACACAAUUAUUGGGGCUGUCAAGCUGUCUUCUCUCCAAAGAUUAUAUCGAUUUACUUGACUUGGCGGACAACGACGAAUUCUAUUGGGGACGGCAAGAGAACAAUGCCGCUGCAGUUCGUGCAUUACACACACAUAGUGAACAAUCUGAAAAUGUAACUGAUGCCAGUAUACGUCAUCAUUAUAGGAAACGACGUCAGGCUAAUAAUGAUUUAAUACAGGAAAAUCGUUCAUUUGGAUCUUGCCGUACUCCGUCGGGAGAAGAAGGCACCUGCCGUCAUAUUAUCUACUGUCGCAUGCCAGAAUUGAAAGAUGAUGUUUGGCGUUUGGUAUCACAUUUAUGUGUUAUUCAGGGAAGCACCAUUGGCAUGUGUUGUCCUAUGCGUAUUAUUAAUCGCUUGGGACCUCAAAUACUAACGGAUGAGGAUGUGACCGAACCACGUGUUGUUAACAACCAUCCAGAGCAGAGGGGUUGUGGUGUUACAACGAAACAAUUCCCUCGUGUCUCACGUGGUCGACCCGCCGAACCCGACGAAUGGCCAUGGAUGGCGGCUUUGCUUAGACCUGGUCUUCCGCAUGUUUGGUGUGGUGGUGUUUUGGUAACAGAUCGUCAUGUCCUUACCGCCGCUCAUUGUGUACAUAAAAUUCGAAAGGAAGAAAUAUUUGUACGCCUUGGUGAAUAUAAUACCCUGUUGAUGAAUGAAACACGGGCACGUGAUUUCCGCAUCGCCAAUAUGGUCAUCCAUAUCGAUUAUGAUCCGCUGACCUAUGAGAAUGAUAUCGCUUUGAUACGUAUCGAUAGGCCAACGAUAUUUAAUACCUACAUUUGGCCGGUGUGUAUGCCACCGAUUGGCGAGGAUUGGAGCGGUAAUAUGGGUAUUGUUACCGGUUGGGGUACACAGACAUUUGGUGGACCACAUUCGGAUAUUUUGAUGGAGGCUUCCUUACCCAUUUGGAAAAUACAAGAUUGCCGUGAUGCCAUUGUGGAACGUGUACCCGAUACUAUGCUCUGUGCUGGUUACCCUGAAGGUGGUCAAGAUUCGUGCCAAGGUGACAGUGGCGGUCCGCUGCUGGUUCAAUUACCCAAUAGACGUUGGGUAACCGUUGGUGUAGUUUCCUGGGGUAUUCGUUGUGGUGAACCCAAUCGUCCGGGCAUGUAUACCCGAGUCGAUAAAUAUUUACAUUGGAUUAUUGAAAAUUCUGAUGUAUAAGUUGUGUAACAGUAAAGUGAUAUGCCGUAUUUUAUUAUUGUCAUAUAUAUACAUUAAAGAAAUUAGAUUAAGUUGCAUAAUUUGAUUUAGAAUAAGUACGAUUUUGAAUAAAUAACAAAACUGUUAUGACAAAUAUCCUUUAUUGCGGUUCUAACAUAACGUUUACACAAGACAAACUA